CUCUUUGUCAAAAGAAAUAGUGUAUAGAUUGACAAUGUCACUGUUUAGUGGAAUGAAGAUCAGUGGAGGGCAGGGAGAGACGAAUAAAGAUGAUUCAAAACCAAGGAAGGAACAGAAAGAAUGCAAUGAACAAUCAAUAUCUGCCUUUGGAUUUAUAAGAGACACACAACAGAGCUCAUCAGAUUCUGCUUUAUCAAGCCCACCUGCAACAUCAAAGGACAAAGCAAUAUCGCAGACUCUGGCAGAUGAUCCUGAUCCAUGCCAAAAGACUCGUCCUAGCCAUCCAUCUCCUGAUGUAGUUAAUGAGAUAGAUCUGGACGUGGACUUUGAGCUGGAUCCUCUUACACCAUGUUUUGACCAGAGUAGAGGACGGGCAUCGCAAGGGACAGAUCUUGAAGGAAUUGAUUUCUCCAAAGACGUUGAGGCCCUUCUAGAUGAAUGUAAUAUCAAUAUGAAGUCGGAUGACCCUGUAUACAAGGAGGAUACAUUUCAGGAUGAUCCAAGAAAAUUAGAUUCAGAUUUAGAGAUAAAACAGGAUCACAGAGACCUUGAUAUGAAAUCAUCAAAUGACACUCAAGGAAUGAAUGAGAAGGAAUUAGAUACUUAUGAUGACCACAUCAAGUGUAGUGCUAUUCCAGAUGACUCCCAUAUAUCAGCAGAGCAUUCCUCAAGUAGCUCAGAUGCAGUAGGUGCAAAGAACCCUGAUGAAGGAUCAAGUUCCCUUUAUAACAUUGAAUUGGAUUUACAAGACACAUUAGAGGUUCUUCUUGAAUCCCAUGCAGCAAGUGAACAACAGCUCAGACUCGCAGAGGAAGUAUUAAGUGAAGAACUUAAUAAUCUGGGAAAGGAGAGACUAUGGACAAUGUACAGCAUGAUCAAGAAACAGAGUAGACUGGAUGAACUACAGGCAUUACAGUCUCAGGCAAUCAAUGAUGAAAAUUAUGAACAGGCUGAAAUUAUGACCAAAGAAUGCAGUUCUUUAGAGAAAGAACUGUGUAGCAUCCCUCAAGUGACUUUAGACAAUGUUGUGGAUGAUAUCUUCAGUUCCAGACACACAAUCUAUGAGAAGAAGAAUAGACAGAGAUCGGAGUGGAUUCUAGCUAUCAGAGAUUUACAGAACCAACAAGAAGAUAUCAUCAGCAAAAUGAAGGAGGGGAGAAGAGGAGACCCUGAGGCAAACAAACUCAAACUAGAUAUGCAGAAGACAGAAUUGGAAUGUGCUAUGGGCCAUGUUUUAUUGGAUAAGAACCAUGUUGAAAGGAGAGAGGCCCAGCUGUGGAGCAGGAUUGAUGAGAAGACAGCUGAUCUCAGGGAUACCAAGGACAAACUUUCUCUGCAGAAAACCACAGUGCAGGAUGAAAUAGCUGCAUUAGAAGAACAACUAUGUAAGUUGAGAUCAGAAGAAGAGAGAAUACGCUGUGAGAUUGAUAAACAAGAUGAAGCCAUUGAUGAAGUCAAGGGUGAAUUCUCUAAAGAAAUCAUGAUUAUAGAAGAAGAGAAAAUCAAUGUGCAGGAUCGUGAAGAUAGACUGACUAAGGAUAGGAUGGCUCUAGAUGAAAAUGUGAAGGUGCUCAGUGCUGAGGUGAAUGCAUUUGAUGAAGCUCUGGCCAGAGAGGAAGAUCUGAUGUCAAGAAUUGUAUUAUCUCAAAACACCAUCAGUUCAUUGAACCAGGAUAAAGAGGAAGAAGACAAUGGUUGCAGUAUACCCAACUGUUCUUUAGAUCUUGAACCUACUUCUAACAUUACAAGUUUACGAGAGAAAGUAAUGAGUAAUACAGAGGAGAUGCAGGCAACAAGUGCCAAGAUCUUGACUGAUAAAGCCAAGCUAGCAACCUUGAAGAAGAAGGUCACUGAUACUGAAGAUCACAUUGUAACACUGCAGGAAGCAAAGCAAUUUGCUGUAUCAAUGAGAAAAUUUGGGGAGGCUAAACAUUUGACAGAAGAGAUUAAGAUCAAGAUGGAUGAGGGUCAUUCACACCAGACUCAGGUUGAAUCUGUCUCAGAAGAACUUAAGAAUCAACAAACUACACUCAAUAAUCAGCAGGAUCAAGUGGUUAAACUCAAAAUAGAACUUGCCAAGGAAGAAAAGAAAUGGGAGCUUCAGCUUUGUGAGAGGGCCAAGACGAUGAUGGCUACGAUCAGCACAGUUCUUCAGGACACAGAAACCAUGAAGUCUACCUUGUCUUGCCGUAAGCUUGAAAUAGAGAAGCAAUCCUGUACCUUGCUGAUUGGAUGGCUGAGCAGACGACAUGAUCUUCAGAUUAUACCUGAGGUUUUGGCUGUGUUAGAGGAGUUCAAGGAUAAAGAAGGAAUGGACAUAGGAGAUGAAGUGAAAGACAGUCACCAACCAAAGACAUUGGCAAGUGCAACUGAAAGCAAAUUCAGUGAAGAACUACAAGAAUUGGAAGAAAAUCUACAGAAAGCAAUAGAGGCAGAAGAUUAUGAUAUGGCUGAUAUCCUUUCUAUGUAUGAUGAUAAUCAUUAGUACUGCAGAAAAUUU